AUAAUUAUCUACUCAAUGUCCGAUUAUUAUGUAAGACCUAGAGCGAUCAACAAUCAAGAAACUACACCCAAGAGAAUGUUUGGAAAUCCAAAUCAAUCAUACACUUAACCAUCAUUAAAUCAAAGUCCUAUAUAUCACACGCCAGAUAGAGCUAUGAAACAACCUUAUCGAAAUCAGAAUUAAAGUGUAAUUUCUAAUCAUCUAAUUUAGUACAAUGAUAUGUCUGAAUUUAUUCGCAGGUAAUAAUUAAGUCAAUAUCCUCCUACAUAUUAAUCUAGUUAAAUUUCUAUUCAAUAGGAAUUCAAUAACACAGGCAAAUAGUUUGAUUAAGUCUUCAAAAGAUCUGAAAAUUCUACCCAAGAGUCUAAUUGGUUUUAAUAGAAGACCAAUAAUAUCAAUCCAAAUAUACAAUAAUAUAGAAUAGAAAGGGAAAAAAUUAAGCGAGAUUCGUCUUAGCCAUUUUAUGAUAACAACCAUUAAGUUACGGAUAGAAAUCUUAGACCAUUCAAGGUUUAUAUUUAUUUUUAUUAAGUUCGAAGAAAAGGUCUCAAGUGAUAAAAGUGAUAUUGAAAAAAUAAAGUAGCUUCUGGUUGAUAACUAACUGAAACUAAGUCUUUAGGUUGAUGAAUAUAAAGUUAAGCUAAAUAAACAAGAAUAAAAAACAGUAGAGCUAGAAAAAUUAAAUAAGCAAUUGAAAUAACAAUUAAAUCAAAAGAGUCAAGAAAUGAAAACUCUUUAAUAAUCUCAUAUUUCAUAAUCGAAACUCUAAGAAAUGUAAGAUUAACAAAUGAAGAAAUUCUAGAAGAUAUACGAACAAUUAACAUAAUCAAAUGAUGAUUUGCGUGAAGAAAACAAUCAAUUGAAAUUACUCUUAUUAUAGUAAUAAAUUAUUAUAUAAAUUAGAGUGGACAAUUAUUCCUCAGUCUCUAGAUCAAUUAUGAGUAAGAAGAACUCAGAAUAAGAAUUUCAGAUUUUCGGUGUUUAGAAUGAUAAUAUCAAAGAAUUAAUAGAUCAAUUUCUAUAAGGGACCUCUGAUUAAUUGUUGUCUUUGACACAAGAUCCUCUUAUCUAAAAAGUCUUUACUUAAUUUCGAGAUAUAAUUAAUGCAAUACAAUUCAAUCAACAUCAAAAGCUAGACUUUUAGAUGCUCAAGGAAACAGAUUUUAUGAAAAUUAAAAAGUAAAGCGAAGACAUCAUUACAGUACCAGAAUUAAAUCAAAAAGCUGACAAUCUAAUAAGGGAAAUCAAAUAGAAGAUGGAACAAAUGGCAUCCUUAAAGGUAUAUAUAUAUAUUACUAAUAUUAACAGGAAGGAGAUUAAAGAAGGAAUGCUAUAAAGGAAGAGAUUGAUAGAUUAUAAAAAGAAUAUGAUGGGAUUCAGAUACUGGUUACAGAAUAAUCAGAUUAUUUGGAUAAAAACACAACUAAUCUACAUAGAAAUAGUAUAAUCUCAUUUGAUCAAAAUUUUGAUGGUGAGGAACAACAAUGAAAAAUUAACCGUAUACUUAUUAUUUCUAAAUUGAUUCAAAUUCAC